AUGUCUAAAAUAAACAAAGCACAUUCACGAGUAGAAUUAAAAAUACGUUGCAAAGAAUUAAUAAGGAGUAACGCUCAAGUAUUUUUAUUAAUUAAAGAUCAAAGGACAAAAAAUUGGACAACAACUUCACGUUCUACCGAAGUAAUUAAAGAUGAUACAAAUCCUCAUUUUGUUAAAAACAUAUUGGUAGAUUAUUACUUUGAAGAAUUACAAGAAUUGAGAUUUAUAGUAGUUCAUGUAAAUAAACCAAAUCAAAAAGGUUGGAGACAACAAGAAUUAAUUGGACAAUUUGAAUUUAAUCUUGGAUCUUUAAUGGGUUGUCAAGGAAGAAAAAUCCAGGGAAAUUUAUAUGAUCCAAACAAUCCAAUAAAGAAAUGUGGAAAUAUCGUAAUUUUUGCCGAAGAAUUUGUUCAAUCUAAAAGAAUUGUGAGAUUACAACUUCAAGUUAACCAAAUGGUAUCUAAGGGAUGCUCCGGAAAAUUUAAAAAAAAACCAGAUUUAUAUUUUAGAAUGAGUCUAACUAAUGAGGAUAAUACAUUUUCAUCAGUUUAUGAAUCUAAAUCUAUUGUUUCUGAAAAUCCAGUUUGGCCAGAAUUUGAAAUUCCAGAAAAUACAUUAGGCAACGGAGAUGAGCAUAGAAAAUUAUUGAUUGAAGUAAUAAAUAAAAGGAAAUCUUCACGACCAAUACUUGGACGUUGUACAUUAUCGCUUAAUGAAUUAUUUUCAAAUAAUAAAACAUUUCAACUUCAAUCAUCAUCAUCAACAAAAAAAAACAGUGGAAUAUUUUUACGUUUUCGAAAGGUUUCUAUAUAUGAACAAGUUACCUUCUUAGAUUAUAUAGCUGGCGGUAUAAAAAUUAAUUUAGCAGCGGCAAUUGAUUUUACUAGUUCAAAUGGUAAUCAUCUAUAUUCUAGUAGUUUGCAUUAUAAUAAUCCAAAUGUGGAAAAUUCUUAUCAGAAAGCUAUUUCUAGUGUGGGAAAAAUAUUGGAAGCAUAUGAUUAUGAUAAAAAGUUCCCAGUUUAUGGAUUUGGGGCUAAAUUUAAUGGGGUGUUGUCACAUGUUUAUCCAUUGAAUAAUGAUCAUAAACAUAUAAUAAACCACACAGCCCAAAGAAUUAGGUCAGAAUUGGAUGCUGGAAAUAAUAUGGUUUAUUAUGUAUUGUUAAUAAUUUCAGAUGGUGUAAUAACAGAUAUGGAAUCAACAGUAAGAGCAAUAAUCAAAGCUAGUUCAUUACCUCUAUCAAUAGUUAUUGUCGGUGUGGGAAAUGCUGAUUUUACCAAGAUGCAUAAAUUGGUUGCAGAUGAAGUGCCUUUAACUGACGGUAAUUCUCAAAUAGAAAGAGAUAUUGUACAAUUUGUAGUCACGGAAGAUUUUCAAACGGAAUAUUCAAAAUAUUUAUUACCGAAAAAAGUUUUAGAAGAAAUUCCUGUUCAAUUUUUAGAUUAUAUGAGAAGAAAUCGAAUAAGACCUCGUCCCCCUAUUAAGAGUGAUAUUGUUCAACUAAUUGAUAAAAGCUACGGAGCCAAUAAUGACUAUGGUAAUGCUGGUAGUCAUAUAUUAUGCGGUUUGGCAACUUGUGACUUUGUCCCAUCAAUUUAUGCAUAUUGA